GCUUGUCGCCGCCCGCGCGCUAUUUAAAGGUUAAACAUGGCCCGCCGGUUAGUCGCGCGUGAGUCCGGUGAGUGGGAGAGCAUGAUGAUGAUGAUGAAGAUGAAAGACGGCGCGGAAGAGAAGCGUAGCAGUGCAGUGGUCACUAAGAAGAGAGGCUACGACAUCACCCGUAACCCCCACCUCAAUAAGGGCAUGGCCUUUUCUCUGGAGGAGCGUCUACAGCUGGGGAUCCAUGGCCUGCUGCCUCCCUGCUUCCUCAGUCAGGAUGUCCAGCUGCUCCGUGUCCUCCGCAACUACGACCUCAAAAAGGACGACCUGGACAGAUACGUCUUGUUGAUGGGGCUUCAGGAUCGUAAUGAGAAGCUGUUUUAUCGUGUUUUGAUGUCUGAUAUUGAGCGCUUCAUGCCCAUCGUUUACACACCCACUGUGGGGCAGGCAUGUCAGCAGUACGGCCUGAUCUUUAGGAGACCCAGGGGUUUGUUCAUCACUAUCCAUGAUCGCUCUCACAUCGCCACUAUCCUGCAGAGCUGGCCAGAAAUGGAUGUUCAGGCAGUAGUAGUGACAGAUGGCGAGAGGAUUUUGGGGCUAGGAGAUUUGGGCUGUUAUGGAAUGGGAAUUCCGGUGGGAAAACUGGCUCUUUACACAGCGUGUGGAGGAAUUUCUCCUCAGAAGUGUCUCCCCAUCAUGCUGGACGUGGGAACGGAUAAUGAGGACCUCCUGAAGGAUCCUCUGUACAUCGGACUGAGACAUAAACGUGUCCGAGGCGAGGCUUAUGAUGAACUCCUGGAUGAGUUUAUGAAAGCUGUAACUGACAGGUAUGGGAUGAACUGUUUGAUCCAGUUUGAGGAUUUCGCCAAUGUCAAUGCUUUCCGUCUUCUGCACAAAUACCGCAACCAAUAUCUCACCUUUAAUGAUGAUAUACAAGGUACAGCAGCAGUUGCAGUAGCCGGCCUUCUCGCUGCACUUCGCAUUACUAAGAGCAGGAUGUCAGAUCAUACCAUUGUGUUUCAGGGAGCAGGGGAGGCUGCAAUGGGCAUUGCUGAGCUCAUCAUCAUGGCUAUGGAGAAAGAAGGGCUUCCACAUGACGACUGUGUGAGGAAGAUUUGGAUGGUCGACUCAAAGGGUCUCAUCGUUAAGGGUCGAGAUAAUUUGACUCCAGAGAAGCAGAGGUUUGGUCAUGAACACGCUCAGAUGAAAAGUUUAGAGGAUGUGGUUCAGGAGCUGAAGCCCACUGCUAUCAUCGGUGUAGCAGCUAUAGCAGGAGCUUUUACAGAACGCAUCAUUAAAAACAUGGCUGCCUUUAACCAAAGGCCGAUUAUCUUCGCUCUUAGUAACCCGACUAGUAAAGCGGAGUGUACAGCCGAGCAGUGCUACACACUCACACAGGGACGGGGCAUAUUUGCCAGUGGGAGCCCAUUUGACCCCGUGACCCUUGCAGAUGGACGGAUAUUUUUCCCUGGUCAGGGUAAUAACGCCUAUGUGUUCCCAGGCGUGGCUCUCGGAGCGAUAGCAUGCAGCAUGUCUCACAUCCCUGAACAGAUAUUUCUCAUCACAGCUGAGACGAUCGCUGAGCUGGUGACAGAGAAGGACCUCGCUGAAGGGAGACUUUAUCCUCCUCUUACCUGUAUUCAGGAUGUCUCAUUUAAAAUAGCAGUGCGGACUGUAGAGUACGCCUACAGACACCAGAUGGCGAUGUUGCAGCCUGAACCAACUGAUAAAGAGGCGUUAGUGCGCUCACAUGUCUACAACACUGACUACGCCGACUUCACAGCAGACUCGUACCGCUGGCCAGAAGAGGCCAUGAACAUCCAGACCUGCAGACUCUGAUCACUCCACACACACACACACACACACACGUUAUUUAUGCUCUGCAGUGUUUAUACUUCUGUUCAUUGUUGUUAUUAUUAUUAUUAUUGUUGUUGUUGUUGUUGAUUGUUGUUGUUUUUGUUAGAUCAGGAGGCACUAUAUGAGUUUCAUUUUAGAAAAUAAACACACCUUUUUUUAACAGAAACACACACACACACACACACACACACACACACACACACACACACAGGGCCUCUAGGGUUCUAGGAUUUCAUCUUUAGGGGUUAGCCCUCAGUGAGAAUUUAAAACAAGAAGAGUUUUAUAUUAUAUAUUAUAUGACUACAUAGUAAGCCAAAAGUUAUGGUAUUAUUUAAAAUGGCAAAAGUGGACACCAAAAUUUUAUGCAUGAUGCCAGUCUUGAAUCAAAUCAGUUCAUAUGUGUGCAUUCUCUACAGUGUGUCCAAUGAAUGCAGUCAUUAAUAAAAAAUAUUCACAAGACAAAGACCAAAUCAAUAAAUGUUAUUUUUAUUUAGUA